AUGGGGAAGAUCUUCCACUCACCCAACGUUAGUGGACAUGACGAUCCAAUAUCAUGGUCCUUGCCAUACCAUCGCGAAAAUCCCGGUAAACUUGAAGGUCACGAAAGAAGUUGGAAGUUCGUACCAGACAACGACACGAUAGCAGACCCUCUCCAGGACAUGAGGAUCGCUAAGGAUGCCAUCACAACACUGGGCUAUUUUGCAAAGGGAGGCAAGUACCAAAAUCAGCCAUUCUUCUUAGCCGUUGGGUUUAUUAGACCCCAUUUGCCAUUUAUAUCCCCAAUAUCAUAUUCAAAGCACUAUCCCCAAGAAAGCGUAAUCCUACCCCGGAACCCCUUACCACCUGUACACAUGCCGCCAGUUGCCUGGACGAAUAUUAACGAGUUAAGCCAGUACGAUGAUAUGGUGGCCCUCCAAGCCUCAGGCGCUAUAAACUCCAGUCUGCCGGAUAACACCACCCUUGGCCUUCGUAAAGCCUACUACAGCGCCGUCAGUUAUCUUGACGCAAUGGUUGGGAGUGUGCUCGAUGAACUGAAACGAUUAAACUUGGAUAACAAUACCAUCGUAUCACUUAUAGGUGAUCAUGGAUAUCACUUGGGAGAGCACGGCCUCUGGUGUAAGUUCACCAACUUCGAAUUGGCCACGCAUGCGCCAAUGAUAAUUCGUAUACCGGGAUUGACCGAUCAAGGAAUCGUGACAGAGAGUCUUGUUGAAAUGGUGGAUUUAUUCCCCACACUUGUGGAAGCUUCCGGUCUACCCAAACUGCCAGUAUGUCCACCCAAUUCAAAGUCGGUGAUGGAGCCGAAGAGGAUCACGCCUCUUACAACGUUGCAAACAGAGAAUGUGCCAACUUCAAUCAUGGAGGGUACCCCUAAACGUGGACGACUAUUCCAUUUGAAACAGGAAGAGUGCAAAUCAACCGAGAACACACCAAACGGCGGUAUACGCCAUGUUGAUGCCAGUUUUAGAUGUGAGGACAAGAUUAGCCCCAUGUUAGCAAAACUGAGGAUGACCCCAGAUUUGACAUAA